GUUUGGCCCGUGCGUGGGGCUGGGGUGGAGGGCGGGACAGAGGGGCCGGGCGCAGGCGAAGCUCCUGUCGCUGCAGCAGCUGAGGCCGAGGCCGGGAUCUGGACCGGGCCGGAGAGUGCCGGACGCGGAGGAGCUGGAGGCGACGUCCGCCGGAGCUUCGAGUCCCCGCCGCUCUGCUGCUCCGUGACCUCGCACCCAAGCGGCGUUCGGACCCGUGGCUGUUCUCGAGGAGAUUGGUGGGGUCGCGGCGGCAGCGGUUGGGGGUGGGGAGACGCACGGCGAGGAGAGGAGAGAGGUCAGCGAGUUUGAGGGAGGACCGAGAGCUGUGCUGCCGUCAUGUCCGAGGAGUCGAGCGCCCUGCCCUGGUCCAUCAACAGGGACGAUUACGAGCUGCAGGAGGUGAUCGGGAGUGGAGCAACGGCUGUGGUCCAAGCAGCAUAUUGUGCCCCUAAAAAGGAGAAAGUGGCAAUCAAACGGAUAAACCUUGAGAAGUGUCAGACGAGCAUGGAUGAGCUUCUGAAAGAAAUUCAAGCCAUGAGUCAGUGUCAUCACCCUAACAUUGUGUCUUACUACACGUCUUUCGUAGUAAAAGAUGAGCUGUGGCUAGUCAUGAAGCUGCUAAGUGGAGGUUCUGUUCUGGAUAUUAUUAAGCACAUUGUGGCAAAGGGGGAACACAAAAGCGGAGUCCUGGAUGAACCUACCAUUGCGACCAUACUCAAAGAGGUGUUGGAAGGGUUGGAAUACCUGCACAAAAACGGACAGAUUCACCGAGAUGUGAAAGCAGGAAAUAUUCUUCUUGGAGAAGAUGGCUCAGUACAGAUUGCAGACUUCGGUGUUAGUGCUUUUUUAGCAACUGGUGGUGAUAUUACCCGAAAUAAAGUGAGAAAGACUUUUGUUGGAACCCCUUGCUGGAUGGCGCCUGAAGUUAUGGAACAGGUUCGAGGUUAUGAUUUCAAAGCUGAUAUCUGGAGUUUCGGAAUCACAGCGAUUGAGCUGGCCACAGGGGCAGCUCCUUAUCAUAAGUAUCCGCCAAUGAAGGUUUUGAUGCUGACACUGCAGAAUGACCCACCUUCUUUGGAAACUGGUGUUCAAGAUAAAGAGAUGCUGAAAAAAUAUGGAAAAUCAUUUAGAAAAAUGAUUUCGUUGUGCCUUCAAAAGGAUCCAGAAAAAAGACCAACAGCAGCAGAAUUGUUGAGGCACAAGUUUUUCCAAAAGGCUAAGAAUAAAGAAUUUCUUCAAGAAAAAAUAUUGCAGAAAGCACCAACCAUUUUUGAAAGAGCUAAAAAGGUUCGGAGAGUGCCAGGCUCCAGUGGCCGUCUUCAUAAGACAGAGGACGGUGGCUGGGAGUGGAGCGAUGAUGAAUUUGAUGAAGAGAGUGAGGAAGGGAAAGCAGCGAUUUCACAGCUCAGGUCUCCCCGAGUGAAAGAGUUAUCAAGUUCUGAGCUGUUUCCAACAACCGAUCCCGUGGGUACUUUACUUCAAGUUCCAGAACAGAUUUCUGCUCAUCUACCUCAGCCAGCUGGGCAGACGCCCGCACCGCCAACUCAAGUCUCUCUCCCGCCCCCUGCAGAGCCGGCAAAAACAGCUCAGGCUCUGUCUUCAGGAGCAGACUCCCAGGAAACCAAGAUCCCCAUCAGUCUAGUGCUAAGGUUAAGGAAUUCCAAAAAGGAACUAAAUGACAUUCGAUUUGAGUUUACUCCUGGGAGAGAUACAGCGGAGGGGCGUCUCCCAGGAGCUCAUUUCUGCCGGCCUGGUCGAUGGAAGGGAUCUAGUCAUAGUGGCAGCUAAUUUGCAGAAGAUUGUGGAAGAACCUCAGUCGAAUCGAUCUGUCACUUUCAAACUGGCAUCUGGUGUCGAAGGCUCGGACAUUCCCGACGACGGCAAACUCAUAGGGUUUGCCCAGCUCAGCAUCAGCUAAAGGACCGGCCCGGAAGAGGGGGCCUCGGGAGAGUCCGCAGCUGCGUGUCUCUGUUGCUUCUGUCGGCCCGAACCCACAACUGCCAAAGAACCCGGCAGCGAGCCUCCCAGCUAGGAGCUUUAGGGGUCUUUCUGUAUGUUCUUCCUGCCGCCGUCCCCCCUUUCCCACAGGGAAGGAAAAGUUGGAUCACCAGUGGCCAGCGUCCCUUUGAAAGAGUUCCGUUAGUAAACUCCCCGCACAUGCCCUCUGUUUCCCUCCGGCUGAGAAGCGGCCUGCGUGCCUCAAGGCCCAGGAGGGGGAUCUGCCAGCUCGCCUCGCCUGGCCUCGCCUCACUCGGUGCCGGUGCCGGCACCACACCACCGCACUGGCGGACAGGAGCAGGAGCGGACAGGAGCGGCUCUCUGGGGCUUCCUCGGCGGCCCGCUUUCCCACCCCCGACAGGACGUGGGCGUCUCGGGCUCUCUCUGCACCCCCACUGCAGUAGCGAUUAAAAGUCGGCUGCUCAGCUGGAGUCCAGAGAAUUUAAUCUAGCGAUUUUUUUUUUUGUAUCUGAUGUGAAUUCUAGCAGCCUUUGUUAGGAAAAAGCACAGCCUCGGAUGCAGGCAGCCUAAACUGUCUUCUGGUUUUGUUCCUGAUGUCUCCUCCGCGUUCUGCUGAAGCUGCUCUCAGGCACCCCUCGUCCUCCCUCCCGCCCUCCCCGCGGAGAGGGGUGCCCGCCUUAACUUCAGCUGGUGCAAACACCCGACUGUAGUCGGACUUCAGCCAUCGGGUCCUUCACGGUGGAACUUGGAACUGUUUUUAGAGAAAACAUUGAGUAUUGGCUUGUAAACGUGAAUUUUUCUCAGCAGUGGUUUUGGACAGAAAAAUCAUAACUCAUAUCAUUGUGGAAGUUAUUUAUUUUGAGAAUCGACAAAAAUUAAACUGAAGCAAAACUCCUCCUCAGUCCUCCCUUGAAAAUCCGUUUGCCUGGCCUCCGGGUCCCGAGGAGUGGCAAGGCCGAGAUUUCCACAGCAAUAAAGGAGGCUCGCGCUGGGCCCCCGCCGGCCGCCCCCAGACGGAAAGUGAAACCACAUGUGCCGUGACUUAGGACUUCUGAGUAGACAGUAUUCAUUUGAUUUUCUACAGAAAUAAUAUAAAUUAUUCUUUAGGUCUUAAAACAAGAGCACUCAUAAUGCAAUACGUGAAUAAUCAGUGGGGCGGUUUCUCUUCCUGCCGUUUCACAGCCAGCCUUUGUCUAGCUGCAGAUGGCCCUGACACUUCGUGUGCGCAGAAGGGAUCCUCAGUCCGGCCUUAAACCGACGCACGCAGAAGGGCUUCAGCCCGUGGGGGAGGGAGAGAGGCCCCUCUCGCAGUGGGGCCGGCCCUAGGCAGCACCGCUGGCCUGUGAACAGUGGGAUUGCCUCACCCAGUUUUCUCUUGGAGCGUCUCCGAAAGCUGUCCCACAGCUGGCCACAGUUGGCUUGUCACAGCUCCGGUGUCGCCCUGGGCUUGUAGCUUCAGUCACGGGCUUGCUUCGCCUACUCUGGACGCAGAGGCAUGUUGGGAAAGGGGUGGAUGUUGGGCAGUAGGAGAGGGAAUGGGUCUGAGAUAGGGGUUGGGAGGAAAGCAGGUUGAAGAGAGGACCAGACACCCACGUCCACGGUCCCCGCGGGACUGUGAGCAGGAGGGAGCCUGUUGUUCCUGGAGAGAGGGAAGGAGGGUGAUCAGCUUGCCGGGG